GCGCGCGCCCGCGCGUAUGUGUGUGAGUGCGUGUCCUGCUCGCUCCAUGUUGCCGCCUCUCCCGGUACCUGCUGCUGCUCCCGGGGCUGCGGGAAAUGCGAGAGGCUGAGCCGGGGAGGAGGAACCCGAGCAGCAGCGGCGGCGGCGGCCGCGGCGGCGGCGGCGGCGGGAGGAGCACCCCAGGAGGAGGACAGGGAUCCAUGCGUCUUUCCUGGUGACUAGGAUGUCGUCGGAGGAGGACAAGAGCGCGGAGCAGCCGCAGCCGCCGCCACCCCCCCCCGAGGAGCCGGGAGCCCCGGCCCCGAGCCCCGCAGCCGCAGACAAAAGACCUCGGGGCCGGCCUCGCAAAGAUGGCGCUUCCCCUUUCCAGAGAGCCAGAAAGAAGCCUCGAAGUAGAGGAAAAACUGCAGUGGAAGAUGAAGAUAGCAUGGAUGGGCUGGAGACAACAGAAACAGAAAAUAUUGUGGAAACAGCAGAAAUCAAAGAACAAUCUGCAGAAGAGGAUGCUGAAGCAGAAGUGAACAGCCGCAAACAGCCAGUCCCCAUCCUUCAGCGUUCUGUGUCUGCGGAAUCUGCAAGCUCCCUGGUCUCUGUUGGUGUGGAAGCCAAAAUCAGUGAACAGCUCUGUGCUUUUUGUUACUGUGGUGAAAAAAGUUCCUUAGGACAAGGAGACUUAAAGCAAUUUAGAGUAACACCUGGAUUUAUCUUGCCUUGGAAAAGCCAACCCUCUAACAAGAAGGACAUUGAUGACAACAGCAAUGGAACCUGUGAGAAAAUACAAAAUUCAACACCAAGAAAACAAAGAGGACAGAGAAAGGAACGAUCUCCUCAGCAGAAUAUAGUAUCUUGUGUAAGUGUAAGCACGCAAACAGCUUCAGAUGAUCAGGCUGGUAAAUUAUGGGAUGAACUCAGUCUGGUUGGCCUUCCAGAUGCCAUUGAUAUCCAAGCCUUAUUUGAUCCUACAGGCACUUGCUGGGCCCAUCACCGCUGUGUGGAGUGGUCACUGGGAGCGUGCCAGGUGGAGGAGCCAUUAGUGGUUAAUGUGGACAAAGCUGUUGUCUCAGGGAGCACAGGACGAUGUGCAUUUUGUAAGCACCUUGGAGCCACUAUCAAAUGCUGUGAAGAGAAAUGUACCCAGACGUACCAUUACCCUUGUGCUGCUGGAGCCGGCACCUUUCAGGACUUCGGUCACUUCUUCCUUCUUUGUCCAGAGCACAUUGACCAAGCUCCUGAAAGGGCAAAGGAAGAUGCAAACUGUGCAGUGUGCGACAGCCCGGGAGACCUCUUAGAUCAGUUCUUUUGUACUACUUGUGGUCAGCACUAUCAUGGAAUGUGCCUGGAUAUAGCGGUUACUCCAUUAAAACGUGCAGGUUGGCAAUGUCCUGAGUGCAAAGUGUGCCAGAACUGCAAACAAUCGGGAGAAGAUAGCAAGAUGCUAGUGUGUGAUACGUGUGACAAAGGGUAUCAUACUUUUUGUCUUCAACCAGUUAUGAAAUCAGUACCAACCAAUGGCUGGAAAUGCAAAAAUUGCAGGAUAUGUGUAGAAUGUGGCACACGAUCUAGUUCUCAGUGGCACCACAAUUGCCUGGUAUGUGACAGUUGUUACCAACAGCAGGAUAACUUAUGUCCUUUCUGUGGGAAGUGCUACCAUCCAGAAUUGCAGAAAGACAUGCUUCAUUGUAAUAUGUGUAAAAGAUGGGUUCACUUAGAAUGUGACAAACCAGCAGAUUAUGAACUGGAUUCUCAGCUUAAAGAAGAGUAUAUUUGCAUGUAUUGUAAACACUUAGCAGCUGAGAUGGAUCCCUUACAGCCAGGUGAUGAAGUGGAAAUGGCUGAAGUCACUACAGAUUAUAACAACGAAAUGGAAGUUGAAGGACCUGAAGACCAUAUGGUAUUUCUGGAGCAAGCAGUUAAUAAAGAUGUCAGUGGUCAGGAGUCAGCACCUGGAAUUGUUCCAGAUGCAGUUCAGCUCCUUACCAGAGAGCAGCAGAAGAGUGACCCGCCAGAAGGUCGUGACACACAAGGUCUUCUCAUUUCUGAAUCAUCCCAAGAUAAAAUGAAUCCUGAAUUGGAAAAACAGAUUUCUCAUGAAGUUGGUGAAAAAAUGGAAAUGUCUUCUAAAGUGAUAUAUAUUUGUGAUGAAGAUCAAAAUGAAAACCGAAUGGAAGUGACCGAAAAUGUUGAAGUCCCUGCACACCAAAAGGUUGUGCAGUGGGAGAUGCCACAGUCGGUCCAGGAGUCUGAUGUUCUGGGGUCCACAGAAGAAUCAAGGCUCCCAAAGUUAACCACUGACUCUGCCACCGUUCCACCAGAAACCUCACUGUCCUCCUGUGGGGAAAGUACUUCUGUAUUUUCUAAGGAACAGUUGACUCUAGAAAGGGUACAAGAAGAAAAGGAACAGAAAGAAAAUCCUGAAUCUUUCACUGCAUUUAUGGACUUUGAAAUUCAGACUCCCGCAGUUGAGAGUUGUGAUAAAGAUGGUUUAUGCCAAUUACCACCUGAGACAGAGUCGUCGCUUUUGCUAGCAGCAGGCAUGAGCGAGGCCAGGGUGCCUUCCUCCCCACCGCCCUCUGCAGAUGUGCCUCCCCAUGGCGUGCUGCGGGGUUGCCCUACAACACUCGGUGCUUCUGUUGGGAACAUGCCCACAACUCACAUCUCAGUCACUCCAAAAAUUGGCAUGGGUAAACCAGCUAUUACCAAAAGGAAAUUUUCUCCUGGUAGACCUCGGUCCAAACAGGGGGCUUGGAGUACCCAUAAUACAGUGAGCCCACCUUCCUGGUCCCCAGACAUUUCAGAAGGUCGGGAAAUUUUUAAACCCAGGCAACUUCCUGGCAGUGCCAUUUGGAGCAUCAAAGUGGGCCGUGGAUCAGGAUUUCCUGGAAAGCGAAGACCUCGUGGUGCAGGACUGUCAGGACGAGGCGGCAGAGGCAGGUCCAAAUUGAAAAGUGGAGUUGGAGCAGUUGUGCUACCUGGGGUGUCUGCUGCAGAUAUUUCAUCAAAUAAGGAUGAAGAAGAAAACUCUAUGCACAAUACAGUUGUGUUGUUUUCUAGUAGUGACAAGUUCACUUUGCAUCAGGAUAUGUGUGUCGUCUGUGGCAGUUUUGGCCAAGGAGCAGAGGGACGGUUACUGGCCUGUUCUCAGUGUGGUCAGUGUUACCAUCCAUACUGUGUCAGUAUUAAGAUCACAAAAGUGGUUCUUAGCAAAGGUUGGAGGUGUCUUGAGUGCACUGUGUGUGAGGCCUGUGGGAAGGCGACUGACCCAGGAAGACUCCUGCUGUGUGAUGAUUGUGACAUAAGUUAUCACACCUACUGCCUAGACCCUCCAUUGCAGACAGUUCCCAAAGGAGGCUGGAAGUGCAAAUGGUGUGUUUGGUGCAGACACUGUGGAGCAACAUCUGCAGGUCUAAGAUGUGAAUGGCAAAACAAUUACACACAGUGUGCUCCCUGUGCAAGCUUAUCUUCCUGCCCGGUCUGCUAUCGAAACUAUAGAGAAGAAGAUCUUAUUCUGCAAUGUAGACAAUGUGAUAGAUGGAUGCAUGCAGUUUGUCAAAACUUAAAUACUGAAGAGGAAGUGGAAAAUGUAGCAGACAUUGGUUUUGAUUGUAGCAUGUGCAGACCCUAUAUGCCUACAUCAAAUGUGCCUUCCUCAGACUGCUGUGAAUCUUCACUUGUAGCACAGAUUGUCACAAAAGUGAAGGAGCUAGAUCCGCCCAAGACCUACACCCAGGAUGGUGUGUGUUUGACUGAAUCAGGGAUGACUCAGUUACAGAGCCUCACAGUUACAGUUCCCAGAAGAAAACGGUCAAAACCAAAGUUGAAAUUGAAGAUUAUAAAUCAGAAUAGUGUGGCUGUCCUUCAGACCCCUCCAGACAUCCAAUCAGAGCAUUCAAGGGAUGGUGAAAUGGAUGAUAGUCGAGAAGGAGAACUGAUGGACUGUGAUGGGAAGUCGGAGUCUAGUCCUGAACGGGAAGCUGUGGAUGAUGAACCUAAGGGAAUAGAAGGAACAGAGGGUGUCAAAAAGAGGAAGAGGAAGCCAUACAGACCAGGUAUUGGUGGAUUUAUGGUACGGCAAAGAAGUCGAACCGGGCAAGGAAAAAACAGAAGAUCUGUGAUCAGAAAAGAUUCCUCCGGCUCUAUUUCUGAGCAGCUCCCUGGCAGAGAUGAUGGCUGGAGUGAGCACUUACCAGAUACUCUAGUUGAUGAGUCUGUUUCUGUUACUGAAAACACUGAAAAAAUAAAGAAGAGAUACCGAAAAAGGAAAAAUAAGCUUGAAGAAACUUUCCCUGCCUAUUUACAAGAAGCUUUCUUUGGAAAAGAUCUUCUAGAUACAAGUAGACAGAACAAGCUAAGCUUAGAUAAUCUAUCAGAAGACACAGCUCAACUUCCAUAUAAAACAAACAUGAAUACAAAUUUCUUGGAUCCUUCUUUAGAUCCACUACUAAGUUCAUCUUCAACUCCACCAAAACCUGGAACUCACGGUUCUGCUGAUGACCCUUUAGCUGAUAUUUCUGAAGUCUUAAACACAGAUGAUGACAUUCUUGGAAUAAUUUCAGAUGACCUUGCAAAAUCAGUUGAUCACUCAGGUCUUGAUUUAUGCACUUUCCAGGUUGAGAGCUCACCUUUUCCAUUUGCUGGGAUAGAUAUUGGUCCUGUCGCUGAUGACCCUUCCUCUUUGCCUCAGCCAAGUGUCAAUCAGAGCUCGCGACCAUUAAGUGAAGAGCAACUAGAUGGAAUCCUCAGUCCUGAACUAGACAAAAUGGUCACAGAUGGUAAAAUAUUUGCCCUACAUCUAGGCUUUCUAAAAGACAUGAGAGCAAUUCUUGGAAAGUUAUAUAAAAUUCCAGAGCUCGGAGGGAAGGAUGUUGAAGACUUGUUCACUGCUGUGCUUAGUCCUGUGGCUACUCUACCAACUCCGUUACCACAGCCUCCCCCUCCCCCUCCCCCUGCUCCACAGCUGUUGCCUGUACACAAUCAGGAUGUUUUUUCACGGAUGCCACUCAUGAAUGGCCUUCUUGGACCCAAUCCUCAUCUCCCACAUAAUUCUUUGCCCCCUGGAAGUGGGCUGGGGACGUUCUCUGCUAUAGCACAAUCCCCUUACGCUGAUGCCAGGAAUAAAAAUGCAGCAUUUAAUUCAGUGGCAAGUGAUCCUAAUAGCUCUUGGACGUCAUCAGCUCCCACCAUGGAGGGAGAAAGCGAUACCAUGUCUAGUGCCCAGAGAAGCACACUGAAGUGGGAGAAGGAGGAGGCUCUGGGAGAGAUGGCAACAGUGGCACCGGUUCUCUACACAAACAUUAAUUUCCCCAACCUGAAGGAAGAAUUCCCUGACUGGACCACUAGAGUGAAGCAAAUUGCUAAGUUGUGGAGAAAAGCAAGCUCACAAGAAAGAGCACCAUAUGUGCAAAAAGCUAGAGAUAACAGAGCUGCUUUACGAAUUAAUAAAGUACAAAUGUCAAGUGAUUCCCUGAAGAGACAGCAACAACAGGACAGCACAGACCCCAGCGUGCGAAUUGAUUCGGACCUUUUCAAGGAUCCGCUAAAGCAGAGGGAGUCUGAACAUGAACAGGAAUGGAAAUUUAGGCAGCAAAUGCGUCAGAAGAGUAAGCAGCAGGCGAAGAUCGAAGCCACGCAGAAGCUGGAGCAGGUGAAGAACGAGCAGCAGCAGCUGCAGUUUGGGCCCCACCCCGUCCCAGUGCCAUCAGGCUCCGAGCCACCGGGCAGUGGGGUGCAGAGCCCACUGGCCCUGCAGCCUGGCAGUGGCAGUGCAUCUCCUGCCCAGUCGUUCCAUAAAGACCUGUUUACAAAGCAGCUGCCCAGCACCCCCGUGUCCGCAUCACCAGAUGACGUGUUUGUGAAACCACAGGCGCCCCCUCCGCCCCCAGCCCCCUCCCGGGGCCCUACCCAGGAGAGUCUGCCGCAGUCUCAGGCUUCUCAGCCACCCUCACCACAGAUGUUUUCUCCUGGGUCUUCCAAUUCCCGACCGACAUCUCCAAUGGAUCCUUACGCAAAGAUGGUUGGUACCCCAAGACCACCUCCUGGGGGCCAUGGUUUUUCCAGAAGAAAUUCUGCUGCACUAGUAGAAAACUGUGCCCCCUUAUCGUCCAUGCCUAGGCCCCCUCCAGUGAGUGACACAGCAGCUGCAAGGCCUUCCCCGGCCAGAGACUUGGGCUCUUCCUCCGCGACGAGUAGUGACCCCUAUGCAAAGCCUCCAGACACUCCUAGGCCCAUGGUGACAGAGCAGUUCCCCAAACCCUUGGGCCUGCCCCGGUCUCCUGUGGUUCCUGAUCAGACUGCAAAAGGUCCUCUCAUGGCUGGAGCCAAUGAUCACUUUACUAAACCAUCUCCUAGGGCAGAUGUGUUUCAAAGACAGCGGAUACCUGACCCAUAUGCACGACCCUUGUUGACACCUGCACCUCUUGAUAGUGGUCCUGGACCUUUCAAGACUCCAAUGCAACCCCCUCCAUCCUCCCAGGAUCCCUAUGGAUCAGUGUCACAGGCGCCAAGGCGGUUGUCUGUGGACCCUUAUGAGAGGUCUGCUUUGACACCAAGACCACUAGAUAACUUUACUCAUAACCAGUCGAAUGAUCCGUAUAGCCAGCCUCCCCUAACCCCACACCCAGCAAUGAAUGAAUCUUUUGCUCAUCCUUCAAGGGCUUUUCCCCAGCCUGGAACCCUAUCAAGGCCAACAUCUCAGGACCCAUAUUCCCAACCUCCGGGAACCCCACGGCCUAUUGUAGAUUCUUACUCCCAACCCUCAGGAACAUCUCACUCCAAUCCAGACCCUUAUUCUCAACCUCCUGGAACUCCACGGCCCACCACGAUUGACCCAUAUAGUCAGCAGCCUCCAACCCCAAGGCCAUCUACCCAGGCGGACUUGUCAGUCACAUCUGCAUCCAGUCAGAGGCAUUCUGACCCAUACACUCAUCCUCCUGGAACUCCAAGACCUGGGGUUUCGCUUCCUUACUCUCAGCCACCAGCGACACCACGACCAAGGAUUUCAGAGGGUUUUCCUAGGUCCUCAAUGACAAGACCAGUCCUCUUGCCAAAUCAGGAUCCUUUCCUGCAGGCAGCACAAAAUCGAGCAGCAGCUUUACCCGGCCCAUUGAUAAGACCACCUGAUGCAUGUUCCCAAACACCUAGGCCACCCGGACCAGGUCUUUCAGACUCGUUCAGUUGUGUUUCCCCAUCUGCUGCUCGUGAUCCCUGUGAUCAGCCUCCAGUGACUCCAAGGGCUCAGCCUGACUCAUUUGGAACAGGCCAGGGCACUCAUGAUGUCACUGAUCAGCCGAGGCCCGGGUCAGAGGGGAGCUUCGGCGCACCUUCAGACUCCCCAGGGAACCCUCAGAGCCGGCAGUUCUCCAGCAUCUCCCAGCUUCCUGGGCCUGUGCCGGCCGUCACUGACACACACAACACCGUGAAUAUGUCUCAAGCAGAUGCAGAGAAAUUGAGACAGCGGCAGAGGCUGCGCGAGAUGAUCCUUCUACAGCAGCAACAGAAGCUGGGUCGGCAGGAGAAACGGCCACCGGGUCCAGGAGCGGCACCGCGUCCUGCAGCCCUGCAGCCCUGGCAGCCAGAGGGUGUCAGCCGGACUUUCCCCAGGCCGCCACCCCCCUAUCCCGGAAACGUCAGGUCGCCCGUCGCCCCUCCUCCAGGACCUAGAUACACCGUUUUCCCAAAAGAUGCGCGUGGAUCUUACCCUCCGGAAGCUGCCGGUGUGGGGGUGAGACCUCACGGAUUUAGAUUUGGGUUUCCAGGUGGUGGUCAUGGUGCCCUGUCAAGUCAGGAGCGUUUCCUUGUGCCUCCUCAGCAAAUGCAAGGAGCUGGAGUCCCUCCACAGCUGAGAAGAUCCGUAUCUGUGGAUAUGCCUCGGCCUUUAAGUAGCUCACAAAUGAAUAAUCCGAUUGUACUUCCUCAGCAUUUUCCACCACAGAGUCUGCCGGUUCAGCAGCAUAACAUCCUGGGCCAAGCAUUUAUUGAAUUGCGGCACAGGGCCCCUGAUGGAAGGCCGCGGCUGCCCUUCACUGCUCUUCCUGGCAGUGUUAUAGAGGCGCCUCCUCAUCCGAGGCAUGGAAAUUUGAUUCCCCGGCCAGACUUUCCAGGCCCUAGACACAUAGACCCUAUGAGACGACCUCCCCAGGGUCUACCUAAUCAGGUACCUGUGCAUCCGAGUUUGGAACAUGUGCCAUCGUCUCAGCGGGAGCAAGGUCAUCCUGCCGCCUCGUCCUCUAUGGCCAUGAGGUCUCUGAGUCAUCCCUUGGGUGGUGGUGAGUUUUCAGAGGCCCCUUUGUCAACAUCUACACCAGCUGAAGCAACAUCUGAUAACUUACGGAUAACCACCCAGUCCUCUGAUGGGCUCGAAGAAAAGCUUGAUUCUGAUGACCCAUCUGUGAAAGAACUAGAUGUUAAAGACCUUGAGGGGGUGGAAGUCAAAGACCUGGAUGAUGAAGAUCUUGAAAAUUUAAAUCUAGAUACAGAGGAUGGCAAGGGAGAUGAACUGGAUACCCUAGGUAACUUGGAGGCUAAUGAUCCCAACCUGGAUGACCUCUUAAGGUCAGGAGAAUUUGAUAUUAUUGCAUAUACAGAUCCAGAACUUGACCUAGGAGAUAAGAAAAGCAUGUUUAAUGAGGAACUAGACCUUAAUGUUCCGAUUGAUGAUAAGUUAGAUAAUCACUGUGUGUGUGUUGAACCCCCAAAAAAGGAACAAGAAGACAAAACUGUGGUUCCUUCUGACAAACAUUCUCCAUGGAAAAAGUCCACUGUUACGAGUGAGAUAAAAACAGAAGUACUGUCUCCGAAUCCUAAAGGGGAAACCAGCUGUGAGAGUGAGAAGGGCAGUGAGGCCAAAGGCAGUGUUGCCCCGCCCCGCCCGCAGGCUUCUGCCCACCCGGGCGGGAACGACAGGGAGAGGGCUUCUGGGCGGCCUCCCGACACAGAACUACGUGAGGAGCCAGCUGAUCGAGAAGCUGUUGGCUCUAGUGCAAGCGUCGUUCGGGGACCCACCCAGCUGCCCACUGAGGAUGUCAUGAGCUCUCGUGGCAUAACCGCGUCAACUCCAGUUCUUUCAAGUUUACUCGCUAAUGAAAAAUCUGAUAAUUCGGACAUCAGGCCAUUGGGGUCUCCACCGCCAAAUUUGCCGGCCUCACCGUCUGGGUGUGUGUCUCGUUUGCCACCACCUCUAAUGGCACCACCUGGUCAAGUUUUGGAUCAUACCAUGAAUUCUAAUGUGACGGUGGUCCCUAGGGUCAACCAUGCUUUUCCUCAGGGUGUGCAGGUAAAUCCAGCAUUCGUUCAAGGUCAGUCAGCAGUUAGUCACAGCUUCGGGACAGGAAAACUGGCAAACCAAACCAUGCCUCUAACAAGUCAGUCUGGUACCGGUGGCAUGUCUGGACCCCAGCCGCUGAUGAUUCCUCCAGCAUUAGCCCAGCAGAACAGAGAGAGGCCCCUCCUUCUAGAAGAACAACCUCUGCUUCUGCAGGAUCUUCUGGAUCAAGAGCGGCAAGAACAGCAGCAGCAAAGACAGAUGCAAGCCAUGAUUCGACAGCGGUCAGAACCGUUCUUCCCCAAUAUUGAUUUUGAUGCAAUUACAGACCCUAUAAUGAAAGCCAAAAUGGUGGCCCUUAAAGGCAUAAAUAAAGUAAUGGCGCAAAACAAUAUGGGCAUGCCGCCAAUGGUUAUGAACAGGUUCCCCUUCGUGGGCCAGCCGGUCCCUGGACCGCAGACAAGCGAGGGCCAGAGUCUCCUGCCGCAGGCCGUCCCUCAGGAUGGCAGUAUAACACAUCAGAUUUCUAGGCCUAAUCCUCCAAAUUUUGGUCCAGGCUUUGUCAAUGAUUCACAGCGUAAGCAGUAUGAAGAGUGGCUUCAGGAAACCCAGCAGCUUCUUCAGAUGCAGCAGAAGUAUCUCGAAGAGCAAAUUGGUGCACACAGGAAAUCUAAGAAGGCCCUUUCAGCUAAACAACGAACUGCCAAGAAAGCUGGGCGUGAAUUUCCAGAAGAGGAUGCAGAACAACUGAAGCACGUUACUGAACAGCAAAGCAUGGUUCAGAAACAACUAGAACAGAUUCGUAAACAACAGAAAGAGCAUGCCGAGCUGAUUGAGGAUUAUCGGAUCAAGCAGCAGCAGUGUGCUCUGGCCCCCGCUGCGGUCAUGCCGGGUGUCCCACCCCCGCCGGCCCUGGUGUCAGGGGCCACUGCUCCCAUGAGCCAGCCCGGCUUCUCCUCAGCGCCACAGCAGAUGCAGCACCCGGCAGCCAUUCCCGGCCACGCCAGCCCUGCUGGAAUGGCCAGUGUACCCGGCUGGCCUCCUGCUGGUGCUCCCACUCACCUCCCCCUCAAUCCUCCUAGGAUUCAGCCUCCCGUUGCCCAGUUACCAGUAAAAACAUGCACACCAGCCCCAGGGGCAGUGCCAAAUGCAGCCCCACAGAGUGGGCCACCACCACGGGUGCAGUUUGAUGACAACAACCCCUUCAGUGAAAGUUUUCAGGAACGGGAACGCAAAGAACGUUUACGAGAACAGCAGGAAAGACAGCGAAUCCAGCUCAUGCAGGAAGUAGACAGACAGAGAGCUUUGCAGCAGAGGAUGGAAAUGGAGCAGCAUGGCAUGAUGGGUUCAGAGCUGAGCAGUAGGACAUCUGUGUCCCAGAUUCCAUUCUACAGUUCUGACCUCCCGUGUGAUUUUCUGCAGCCUCCCAGACCCCCCCAGCAGUCUCCACAACACCAGCAGCAAAUGGGGCAGGUUUUACAGCAGCAGAGUAUACAACCAGGCUCUGUGAGUUCACCCCCCACCCAAAGUUUCUUGCAAACCAAUGAGCGAAGGCAGAUAGGACCACCCUCAUUUGUUCCUGAUUCACCAUCAGUUCCUGGUGGAAGCCCAAAUUUCCAUUCUGCUAAGCAGGUACAUGGGGGUCUUUCUGGAGCCAGCUUCCAACAGUCCCCAGUGAGGCCUCCUUUUACACCUGCUUUACCUGCAGCACCCCCAGCAGUGAGUAGCAGUCUCCCGUGUAGCCAAGACCCUGCUAUAGCCCAUGGACAGAGUUAUCCGGGGUCAGCUCAGUCUCUCAUUCAGUUGUAUUCUGAUAUAAUCCCAGAAGAAAAAGGGAAAAAGAAAAGAACCAGGAAAAAGAAGAAAGAUGAUGAUGUGGAGCCCGCAAAGGCGCCUGCAGCCCCCUGCCCAGAUGCAGCCAUUACCCCGACUCUGGGCGCUUUGGACACUGCCUCCGCCCCUGCCGUGACCACACCGGGUGAGCUUCCUCAGCAGGGAGAGCCUGCAUCGGUGGGACCUGGUGGCUUGUCAGCUCCCAGCAUGGCUGCAGGUCAGCUGUGUGCAGAGUCAGGAGACACACUUCCCAUUAGUGAUUGCCCACAAGGAACUCCGAGUCAACAGACUUUUGCAAAUUCAGAGGCGGAUAAGCUCUCCGUGGAGACCCCUGCCACAGUAGAAGAGAUAAAACUGGAAACGGCUGAGCCAGAGCAAUGCCCGGGCCAGGAAGGGCCCCAGCUGGAGGAACAGGCCGGGAGUAAGGCAGAGGAGAGGGCUGCGGCCCAGCCUGUGUCCUCGGGGCAGAGCCCUCCCCACCCUGCUGGGACGUCUGCUGCCAAAGGAGAUGCAGGCAAUGAACUUCUGAAGCAUCUGCUUAAAAAUAAAAAGUCAUCUUCCCUUGUAAAUCAAAAACCGGAAGGCAGUUUUUGUUCAGAAGACAACUGUACAAAGGAAAACAAACUCAUUGAGAGGCAGAACCCAGUGGAAGGAUUGCAAACUUUGGGGGCUCAAAUGCAAGUUGGUUUUGGAUGUGGUAACAACCAGUUGCCAAAAACAGAUGGAGGAGGUGAAACCAAGAAGCAGCGAAGCAAACGGACUCAGAGGACUGGGGAGAAGGCAGCCCCUCGCUCAAAGAAAAGGAAAAAGGAUGAAGAGGAGAAACAAGCUAUGUACUCUAGCACUGACACGUUUACCCACCUGAAACAGCAGCUCUCUCUGCUCCCUCUAAUGGAACCAAUCAUUGGAGUGAACUUAGCGCACUUUCUUCCUUACGGCAGUGGCCGAUUUAAUAGUGGGAACCGGCUUCUAGGAACUUUUGGCAGCGCUACCCUUGAAGGGCUUUCGGAUUACUAUUCUCAGUUAAUCUACAAGCAGAAUAAUUUAAGUAAUCCUCCAACACCCCCUGCCUCUCUUCCUCCUACACCACCUCCUGUGGCUUGUCAGAAGAUGGCAAACGGUUUUGCGACAACGGAAGAACUUGCUGGGAGAGCUGGAGUGCUAGUGAGCCACGAAGGUACGACGACGGGCCUCGCGCAUCACGCCUUUACCAGAAGCCUAGGACCUAAAGCACUGCAGCUGCCAUUCAGGACGCAAGAUGACCUUUUAGCCAGAGCUAUUGCUCAAGGCCCAAAGACAGUUGAUGUUCCAGCUUCACUUCCAACACCACCACAUAAUAAUCAGGAAGAACUAAGGAUGCAGGACCAUGCUGCUGACCGGGACACUCCCGACAGCUUCGUCCCCUCUUCCUCUCCUGAGAGUGUGGUUGGGGUGGAAGUGAGCAGAUACCCGGACUUGUCGUUGGUCAAGCAGGAGCCUCCCGAGCCCGUGCCGUCGCCCAUCAUUCCCAUUCUUCCCAGCAUUGCCGGGAAAGGUUCAGAAACUAGAAGGAAUGACAUCAAAACUGAGCCAAGCACUUUAUUUUUCACAUCACCUUUUGGUUCAUCCCCAAAUGGUCCCAGAUCAGGUCUCAUAUCUGUGGCAAUUACUCUGCAUCCUACAGCUGCUGAGAACAUCAGCAGUGUUGUGGCUGCAUUUUCCGACCUCCUUCAUGUCCGAAUCCCUAACAGCUAUGAGGUUAGUAAUGCUCCAGAUGUGCCGUCCGUGGGUUUGGUCAGUAGCCACAGAGUAAACCCAGGUCUGGAGUACCGACAGCAUUUGCUUCUUCGUGGGCCUCCACCAGGAGCUACAAACCCUCCCAGAUUAGCAAGCUCUUACCGGCUGAAGCAGCCUAAUGUACCAUUUCCUCCAACAAGCAAUGGUCUUUCUGGAUAUAAAGAUUCUGGUCAUGGUAUCGCAGAAAGUUCGGCACUCAGACCACAGUGGUGUUGUCACUGCAAAGUGGUUAUUCUUGGAAGCGGUGUGAGGAAAUCUUGCAGAGAUCUGGCCUUUGUGAACAAGGAUUCCCGAGAAAGCUCCAGUAGAAUGGAGAAGGACAUUGUCUUUUGUAGUAAUAACUGCUUCAUUCUUUAUUCAUCAACUACACAAGCAAAAAACUCAGAAAGCAAGGAACCCAUCCCUUCGUUGCCACAGUCACCUCUGAAAGAGCCCCCUUCCAGAGCGUCCCAUCAGUACAGUAACAACGUCUCCCCUCUGGACGUGCAUCGUCUCCCGCAGCUCCAGGAGAAAGCGUCUCCCCCAGCAUCACCUCCCAUCACUUUCCCUCCUGCUUUUGAAGCAGCCAAGGUAGAGGCCAAGCCAGAUGAGCUCAAGGUCACAGUCAAGUUCAAGCCUCGGCCGAGAACUGUCCACGGUGGGUCUGAAGAUUGUAGGCCAAUUAAUAAAAAGUGGAGAGGAAUGAGGUGGAAGAAGUGGGGCAUUCACAUCAUGAUCCCCAAGGGCACGUUCAGACCACCUUGCGAGGAUGAAAUAGAUGAGUUCCUGCAGACACUGGGCACCUGCCUCAAACCCGAGCCCGUGCCCAGGGACCACCGCAAGUGCUGCUUUUGCCACGAAGAAGGCGAUGGGUUGACAGAUGGGCCAGCGAGGCUGCUCAACCUUGACUUAGAUCUGUGGGUCCACCUGAACUGUGCCCUGUGGUCCACAGAGGUCUAUGAGACGCAGGCCGGUGCCUUAAUAAACGUGGAGCUGGCGCUGAGGAGAGGCCUGCAAAUGAAAUGUGUCUUCUGCCACAAGAUGGGUGCCACCAGCGGGUGCCACAGGUUUCGGUGCGCCAACGUUUAUCACUUCACUUGCGCCAUAAGAGCACAAUGCAUGUUUUUUAAGGAUAAAACUAUGCUUUGUCCCAUGCACAAACCAAAGGGGAUUCACGAGCAGGAAUUGAGCUACUUUGCAGUCUUCAGGCGGGUCUACGUCCAGCGUGACGAGGUGCGGCAGAUCGCCAGCAUCGUGCAGCGGGGAGAGCGCGACCACACCUUCCGCGUCGGAAGCCUCAUCUUCCACACGCUGGGCCAGCUGCUUCCCCAGCAGAUGCAGGCGUUCCACUCCGCCAAGGCGCUCUUCCCGGUGGGCUACGAGGCCAGCCGGCUGUACUGGAGCACGCGCUAUGCCAACAGGCGCUGCCGUUACCUGUGCUCUAUCGAGGAGAAGGAAGGGCGCCCGGCGUUCCUGAUCAGAAUUGUGGAGCAGGGCCACGACGACCUGGUGCUAAGUGGCACGUCACCUAAAGGUGUUUGGGAUAAAAUUUUGGAGCCUGUGGCAUGUGUGAGAAAAAAAUCUGAAAUGCUCCAGCUUUUUCCUGCGUAUUUAAAAGGAGAAGAUCUGUUCGGCUUGACUGUGUCGGCGGUGGCGCGGAUAGCGGAAUCGCUGCCUGGGGUCGAGGCGUGCGAGCACUACACCUUCCGCUACGGCCGCAACCCGCUCAUGGAGCUCCCUCUUGCCGUCAACCCCACGGGCUGUGCCCGCUCCGAGCCUAAGACGAGCGCCCACGGCAAGAGGUUCGUGUUAAGGCCUCACACGCUGAACAGCACCAGCACCUCCAAGUCCUUCCAGAGCACAGUCACCGGGGAGCUGAACGCGCCGUACAGCAAGCAGUUCGUCCACUCCAAGUCGUCGCAGUACCGGAAGAUGAAGACGGAGUGGAAGUCCAAUGUGUAUCUAGCCCGCUCUCGGAUUCAGGGACUGGGCCUGUAUGCUGCCAGGGACAUUGAGAAGCACACCAUGGUCAUUGAAUAUAUUGGGACUAUCAUUCGAAACGAAGUAGCAAACAGAAAAGAGAAACUUUACGAGUCUCAGAACCGUGGCGUGUACAUGUUCCGCAUGGAUAACGACCACGUCAUCGACGCGACGCUCACAGGAGGGCCUGCAAGAUACAUCAACCACUCGUGUGCGCCUAAUUGUGUGGCUGAAGUGGUGACCUUUGAGAGAGGACACAAAAUCAUCAUCAGCUCCAGCCGGAGGAUCCAGAAGGGAGAAGAGCUUUGCUAUGACUACAAGUUCGACUUCGAAGACGACCAGCACAAGAUCCCGUGCCACUGCGGGGCCGUGAACUGCCGCAAGUGGAUGAACUGAGCGCGUCCUUGCGGGCUCGGCCGGCCGCUCGUCCCCAGGAAGAGGCAGUUCAACUCACCGUUUGAAUUUUGCGGACAGAAAGAUAUUUUCGUUUUCUGCUUCAUGACUUCUUGAAAACUCGCUUCUGGGAGUUCCGGUCUCCUCAGGCCUUUGGGUUCCGGCAGCGCCGGGAGCCGCCAAGGCCCCGCCGGGCACGGCCGAGGCCGGCCGGGAUCGCAGGUGGUCCAGCACUUUCGUUUCUUUCUUUUUCUCUCUCUCUCUCCUUUUCGUGGGUGGGUUUUGUUUUGUUUUUGUUUUGUUUUGUCUUGUCUCACUGAGGAAAACUUUUACUGGGGCAAAGAGCCGAUGGCUGCCCUGCCCCCGGGCAGGGGCCUUGCUAUGAAUGUAAGACUGAAAUCACCAGCCAGGGGGGCGCGGGGCGCCGGCCGCGGCCCCGCCGGGAGGGGGCGGGCCCCCCGUGCGCUGUUCUGAGCAGACACCACUGAACGGGGAAUGUACCGAAACGACUUCCUUAGGGGUAGAGCUAAGGGGUGAUGACUUGCACUAAAUACACUUAAAUACUUGAUUCCAUGAGUCAGUUUAUUGUAGUUUUUGAUUUCUGUAAAAUAAGAGAAACUUUUUGUAUUUAUUAUUGAAUAAGUGAAUGAAGCUAUUUUUAAAUAAAAGUUAGAAGAAAGCCACGCUGCUGCUGUUACCUGCAGAACUAACACACCUGUUACUUUGUACAAAUGUGUAAAUAUUUUGAGAAAAAAAUACAGUAUAAAAAUAGUAUUGACCAAAUGCUACCAGGCUCUGCAGCAGCUGGGUGCUUAUAAAAUGUUCAUAGGGAUGUUACAAUAUAAUUUUGUGUUAUUAAAUAUGCCAUUAUAAUUAUGUAAUAACCAAAAUUUCGACCUAGAGUGUUUGGGGGUUUUUUGGAAACUACAGUCUGUUAGUACUUAAUUGUUUUGUACACCUUACUUCUGAUAGAAAGGAGUGUAUGUUAUAAUAACUACAACUUUUAUAGCUGUUUUGGUAAUUUAAACGGAUUUUUUCAUAUUAUAUUGUCGCAUCCCUACUUCUUCAGGCAGUUUUUUUUGUGCUUACAAUUUGUGAUAACUGUGAAUAACCGCUAAAAAUUACACCCAAAUGGAGGCUGAAUUUUUCUUCAGCAAAAGUAGUUUUGAUUAGAACUUUGUUUCAGGCCACAGAGAAUCAUGUAAACAUACUAGGAUCAUGUAGCAGGAACUCUGACUCUCGAGCCUUCUAUUUAACACAAAAAUUUGAAGAAAAAAAAAAAAAGGAGAGGUGACCAUGCUCGCGGCUGCAGGACUCCGGCAAUAGGGUUUCGGAAGAUGUAAUUUUAAAAUGUGUUUGUAGGAACUGUUUGUUUACAUUUCUUUAAUAAAAAAACACUGUUUUGUGUUUGCUUGUAGAAACUUAAUCAGCAUUUUGAAGCAGGUUAGCUUUUUAUUUUGUACUUAAGAUUCUGGUACUGACACUUCACAGGCUAAGUAUAAAAUGAAGUCUUUGUGUGCACAAUUCAAGUGGGCUGUAAGCUGUCGGUACAUCCAGUGAUGCAGUUCUGAACUUGUAAUGUAUAUGGCAUGAUGUAUUUUUAUCUUACAGAAUAAAUCAAUUGUAUAUAUUUUUCUCUUGACAAAUAGCUGUAUGAAAUUUGUUUCUCAAAUAUUUUUCUUCUCUUGUACAAUAUUCUGACAUCCUACCAGUAUUUGUCCUACCGGGUUUUUUGUUUUCUGUUCUGUAUAAUAGUAUCUAAUGUUGGCAAAAAUUGAAUUUUUUGAAGUAUACAGAGUGUUAUGGGUUUUGGAAUUUGUGGACACAGAUUUAGAAGAUCACCAUUUACAAAUAAAAUAUUUUACAUCUAUAAA